CAACGGAGGAACAGGAAAAAGGAAAAAUGAGUUGUGAAGUGAUCGAACCCAGCAACAAUUGUUAAUAUUCAUUUUGUAUUUUUUUUUGCUCGGGCUGGUGCGACAUUUUUCAUCUGGAGGGCCUGCAGACACUGAGAGUCAUGAAGUAGAGCCGCUGUCAGCGGAUUUGGGGGCGUUUUGAGGACUUUUACGUGGGAGUGAACAGCAAUUCUGUGAUUUUUCUCUCGUUUUUUUUUUGCUCGGAGGGAUAAAUAAAAGGCAUGUGAUUGUUGAUGGGAUAUUGGGAUUAUUUUUGGUUUUUUAACGGGUUGUUUGUGAGAUUUCGAGGGGCGCGAGGAGGGAGAUGCGGGCCUUCGGUGAUGUGACAGGAAAUACUCGGUUACUGGUGAUUGAAGAGUGCAAUAAUUAAUUUAGGGGAUUGGUAAUCAUCGUUGAGGGCUGCGGAACUGGGGAGAUGGAGAGUGUCAAUGGGCAACAGUUGCAUAUGAAGUAUCAGAAGGUCGCGACGGAGUACUCCAAGAUACGAGCGCAGGCAAGUGUCCUAAAAAAAGCUGUGAUAGACGAGCAGACCCGCAACGGUGACCUGAAGGAUCAGAUAAAGAGCAAAGACGUCACCCUCCGCAGACAGGAGCAAGAGCUGGACAGUCUGACAUUUCGAAACCAUCAGUUGACAAAAAGAGUGACAGUCCUCCAAGAGGAGCUCGAUCACCUCCAGAAUAAAUCGAAGAAGGGUCGCAGCAAGUCCGUAGAGAACAAGGAGCUGCCCCCACCUGCCCCCAACCACGUCUACGUCGAGGAGUUCCAGAAGAAGAUCGUCGAGAAUGCUCAGCUGUUGUCACAAUUCUCAGACAAGGACAACGAAAUAGAGGAGUUGAACGACAGGAUUAAACAUUUGGAGUACAGACUGGACCUGUCUGAGAAGUCCAGGCUGGAUCUGGAUGCCAGGCAUCAGGAGAGGAUCGACAAACUCGAGAGGGAGAGGAGCGAUCUCCAGAGGAGGAUCAACGAGCGCCAGAAGCACGAGGAGACGGCCUCGUGGUCCAGUGUCGAGGGAAAGUAUGAUUACGACCUGAAGGUGGGGAUGAUAAACCACAGGCAGGAGGGACACUCCCCUUUCUCGUCGCCCUCCGGCUCCAGGAGGUCCUCCAAGUCCCUCGGGGAGGGGAGGACCCAGAAAACUCCGGAUUGCCACGAGGAGAAUAAUGAAUUCGAGUUUGUUAAGCUGAGUGACCUGGAGAAGGAGCUGAACCAGUACAAGAGUGAUUAUAAUAUCCUCAAGAUUAAGUAUGAUGAGAUUCGCCAGAAGGAGAUUUAUGCGGGCGGGGAGGGGACACUGGAACCUGCUGAGAUUAGUAAUCUGAUUGGAAGGCUAAAGGCACCUUUUGCAAUACCCGAAGAGAUUGAAGCCAGAGAGGCGAAAAUUCGUGAUUAUUUUCUACGUGAAAUUGAGAGAUUGGUCAAUGAGAAACACAUAUGUCAUGCUAAGAAUCUUGCCAUAGCAGCUAAUAACGAAGUUAUGAGUGUGCAUCUGGAUAACAGCGAGGAGAAGAGGGAGAAGUGUGAGGCCGCAUUGUUGGAGGCUGUAUCCAACUGGAACAGCUCUCAGGAGGAUAAAGAGGUUCAGGAGGGCAGUUAUAAGGCUCAGUUGAGUACUAUGACUGAACAUUUGGCUAAUAUGAAUGAAAAACUCAUUCAGCAGACCGAGGAGAUUCAACAACUGCGAUAUGAACUUGAACAUAAGAAUGGUAAAAAAGGAAGGCAAAAGUGAUCUCAACUGCCACUAACCUCCACCAAUUCAACAUUCCAUGGACUAAAUAAAUUCAAAUAAUCAGCAAUUCAAUGUAAAUAAGGGAGAACUCAAUGGCAAUGAAUUAAUGAUUUAAAAAGAAAUCGAUGCAGAAAAAUAAACUCAAUUUUUAUUUUAAACUGAAGGCCAGUAAAGAAUCACCACUUGAACCACCAUUUUCUCACUUUUAUCUGUCGUACGUUUUUAAUAAUUAACUAGUAUGUACACUAAUAACUUAUCAAUGAACGUUGAGACUCUGGAGUUGAAGUAAAUUAUCUAAAAUACAGCGUGAUCCCACAAAUUGACGAAUAUCUUAAGCUUUGAUAAACAUUUUAAAAAAUAUAUACUGUAAUAUACAACUA